AUGGCGUCUUCCAACAAUGUUACCCCCACCAACUGUAGCUGGUGGCCCAUCUCAGCCAUGGACGAAGACGGCAAAAUCACAGACGGGGAGGAGUGCGAAGAACCGACGGCAGAGCCCAAACCCUUCAGUAAAGACAGUCUCGUUUUGUACCACUGGACGCAGUCUUUCACCUCCCAAAAGAGAGCAGAAGUGCGUCUCGUCAUUAAUGAGAAGGGUCUGGUCUGCGAGGAGAGGGAUGUGAGCAUGCCACUGCAGGAGCACAAGGAGCCCUGGUUCAUGAGGCUGAACCUGGGGGAGGAGGUGCCCGUUUUGCUCCACGGCGACACCAUCAUCAGUGACUACAAUCAGAUUAUAGAUUACCUGGAGAAAAGCUUUGUGGGAGAAACGGUGGCUCAGCUGGUUCCUGAUGCAGACUCGCCUCUCCACGAACGUGUGCAGCAGUACCGUCAGCUACUGGACGGUCUGCCUAUGGACGCUUACACUCACGGCUGCAUCCUCCAUCCAGAGCUCACCACCGACUCUAUGAUCCCCAAGUACGCCACCGCAGAAAUACGAAGACAUCUGACCAACGCUGCGACAGAGCUGAUGAAGUUGGACCACGAGGAGCCACAGCUCACAGAACCGUACCUGUCCAAGCAGAAGAAGCUCAUGGCAAAAAUCUUGGACCACGAUAAUGUGAACUACCUGAAGAAAAUUCUGGGGGAGUUAGCCAUGGUUCUAGAUCAAGUGGAGGCUGAACUGGAGAAAAGAAAACUAGAGUAUCAAGGUCAAAAGUGUGAGUUGUGGCUAUGUGCACCUGAAUUCACACUAGCUGACGUCUGCCUCGGAGCCUUAUUGCACAGGCUCAAGUUCUUGGGACUUUCUAAGAAAUACUGGGAGGACGGCAGCCGAGCCAACCUGCAGUCCUUUUUUGUGCGUGUGCAAAAACGCUACGCUUUCCGCAAGGUCCUGGGCGACAUCCACACGACCCUUCUGUCUGCAGUCCUACCCAACGCCUUCCGGAUGGUAAAAAAGAAGCCGCCGUCCUUCUUCGGGGCCUCUUUUCUCAUGGGCUCGCUGGGAGGGAUGGGCUACUUUGCCUACUGGUAUUUAAAAAAGAAAUACAUGUAG